UGUCAGAUAGAAUAAUGUAUAUACUUUUGAAAACUAAAUUGUUUCUUUUGAACCAAAAUUUAGGUGAUUACUCCUUUCUAAAUAUGCAAGCAAUUCUGUCUAGUUGGCCAUGAAAGCUUUCAUUUUCUUUCUAGUAUUAGUUCAUGUUGUGAAUGGCCUUGUUUUGCAAAUAAAACAGUUGUGAAUGAGCUUGAUUUUAUUUAUUAUUUUAUUAUAAAACGGUUAUUUUGGUUGAAUCACAGUUGAACUGGUUGAACCAGUAAACCAGUGAAUUAGUAGCUAGAGCGGUUCAAUAACUGGUUCGAUUUUGAGAACCUUGGAAAAAACCGAUAUCUCAUCUGAUCUCGUCUCAGAUGCGCGCUGGGAUGGGGUGGGUUGCCUCAAUCCCAUUAGGGUCCCAUGGGAUUGACUACUAUCAUAGGUAACUCUGCAAAUAACAUAGGUCUACAACAAUCAAAAUUUUCAUUUCAAAUUAUUAUUCAGAGUUGUGUUAGAUCACAUAUUAUCACAUGCUUUUUCUUUGUUUAACGAUCUAGAGAAGAGUAAAAACCUGGAUAGAUUUAGUUGUUUGUUUGGUUCCAUCUUAAGCUUUUAGUUAUUGAUAAUUUUAUGCAACCCAUCAAUUGGAUUGUCUUAUUCCCUGGUUUGGUUGAAAUGAUGAAACUCAUGGUUGCGAUAUAAGAUGUUUAUAUUAGAUGCUGAGACCAAUAUCAAGAUUUUUGUUUUAGUUCUUUCUUCGAUGAAAUAAUAAAAGUUACUAGAUUACUGGCACUUUUUGGAAGUUUUUUAGUGUAGGAUCAUGAUGUUUGUAGACUCCUCAUUCCUGUACUCAUGUUGGUUAACCUCAGCUUGUGUGAGGUGCAGAUUGUAGAAAGAAGAAGACUGAUGAUGUCUGGAUACGUUAGACGUACGUUGUCCUGUAGGAACUUUUUUAUGCUUCGGAGCUCUGCUCUUCAGGGUUUUGAUGCCACUCACAUUAUCAGAUCACCAAUUAACACUCAGAUCUUUGAUAACAAUAGAGAUUUAUCAGUUCCAGCAGCUAAUUUUAUCAUAGAAAGUCGCAGAUCCUUUGCUAAAGGAAGGAGGUUAAAGGAUGAAGCCGGUGUCAGUACCAUUGAAGUUCCACCAAAUGUUGGGCCUAAUAUCAAGGCAAGUGCUAUGUCACAGAUGGAGGCUGCAAUGGCUGCGCUAUCAACUGAACUAAGCAAACUACGAACUGGAAGGGCCUCUCCAGGAAUGCUGGACCACAUUAUUGUAGAAACUGGUGGUAUUAAGAUGCCUUUGAAUCGGAUUGCUGUUGUUUCAGUCAUGGAUCCAAAAACAUUAUCUGUUAAUCCCUAUGAUCCAGAGACACUUAAACAAUUAGAGAAUGCCAUUGUUUCAUCACCAUUGGGGUUAAAUCCUAAAGCAGAUGGUGAGAGAUUAAUUGCCGUUAUCCCACCAUUGACCAAAGAGCACAUGCAGGCCAUGACUAAGUUGGUUGCUAAAUCUUGUGAAGAUGCUCGACAAAGUAUUAGAAGAGCACGACAAAAGGCAAUGGAUGCAAUUAAGAAAUUGUAUUCAAGCCUCCCAAAGGAUGACAUAAAAAGAUUGGAGAAAGAGGUUGAUGAUUUGACCAAAAAAUUUAUCAAGAAUGCAGAAGAUACAUGCAAAGCAAAGGAGAAAGAAAUUAGUCAAGGUUGAUUUGUAGUUUCAUUGCUAACAUCGUUGAAGCUUGACUGUCUUAUCUGUCGUUACUCGUUAUACGUAGGAAUUUGUUGGUAUUCUGGCAAUUUUUUGAAUAUACAUAAAAUGAGCAUGGCAAUUUUAACCUUGACUGUGUUUUGAUUAAUAGAUAAUAGAAAGUAAUUGAAUGGAGUGGAAUUACAUUUUUAUUUG